AAAAAAAAAAAAAAAAAAAAACCUCCUUCCCCAACGCAAAUUUUGCGGAUCCAACCUCUAAUUUGCAAACCCAUCUUUGAUACCCCAACUUAAUUUGCAGACCCACCAGCCACCACCUCCCGGCGUCGCAAGCCAGUUUAACCCCGCACACCCAACUUUUCCCCUCUCUCCGACAGAAGCCCUCUCUUCCAUCGGCGCCUGCAAGACGGCGUCAUCUCCCCUAUCCUCCGACUGCAGUCCUCCCCCACGACGGCGCCGGCAUAAUGGACUCCGUCACGGACUUCGUCAAGAGACCCACUGAUUAAUGGGAGGAAGAGCAUGUGAUUUACGUCGGUUGGUUUGAUUUUCCGUUGAUUGUGGCUCCGUGUUUCCACUUCAUCAUCAUCUUGUUGCUCGUUCAUCAAAGAGACUAAAUUCGCUGAAGAUCUCGGAUUACAUGCGUUUAAGAAUACUCAAACUUCUUCAAAAACAGGCGGGUUGAUUACUUUUUUGAGUUGGAAGAACGUUAACAUAUUCCGUGUUGCACUCGGAAGACGUUGUUUUGUUGACACAUUUCGGGUGUGACCAUGAAUUUCUUAAUGCGAUCUACGCAGAGUGUAACUACAGAACAAGCAUCUGUUCCUGAGCCAGUAGCAGAGACGCAUCACGAUCCAAAACCUACGGCAUCUUUGGAGUCUCUUAUAGCUGAAGAUCCAUAUCCACAGUAUUCCAGAGUCGAAUUGCAUGAUGGAGAGAACGAUGGUUUUGCAGGCGAAAAUGCUAGCAUUGCAGUUCCAGAUGCAAAGAAAGACUCUUCUACCAUAGCUAAGCAUUCUGAUGUGUCUGAAGAGGAAGGAUGGAUUACCAUUCCUUACAAGGAACUCCCGGAUGAUUGGAAAGAUGCUCCGGAUAUAAAGUCAUUACGCACUUUGGAUCGCUCCUUUGUUUUUCCUGGCGAACAGGUUCAUAUCUUGGCAUGCUUAGCAGCAUGUAAGCAGGAUGCAGAAAUUAUAACUCCAUUUAAAGUUGCUGCUUUGAUGAGUAAAAAUGGCAUAGGGAAAAGUCCAGAGAAACAAAAUGGAAGCACAGAAGAUGGGAAAGGAGAAAUGAGUCCUGGUGGUCAAAAUAUAGAUAAGAAUGCUGAAAUUCUAUUAAACGUUGAUCUAAAAAAGGAUGUUUCUGCUGGUGAAUCACUUUUUAGAAUGGAAGACCACAAAAGACAGACUGAAAUGCUAUUACAAAGAUUUGAGAAGUCCCAUUAUUUUGUUAGAAUUGCUGAAUCAACUGAACCACUUUGGUCAAAAAAGAGUGCUCCUAAUCCGUCUUCAGAAUCUUCAGACGCUCAUGAGAUGGAUGGUCAAAACUCUAUUCCGAAUGGAACCCAGAAAACUGCAAAAGAUGCUUCUUGCUUUAAUGCAGUUAUUGAUAAAGGAAUUUUUGAUCCUACUAUCUCUGGUGGGGCAGCAAGAAACACUGUGAAAUGCUGCUCUCUUCCUAAUGGAGACAUAGUGGUGCUUUUACAAGUGAAUGUUGGUGUUGAUGUUUUGAAUGACCCCAUCAUUGAAAUUCUUCAAUUUGAGAAAUACCAUGAGAGAAAUUUGGGUUCUGAGAACCAGAGGAAUGUAGCAUUUACAGAUCAGGACCCAUGUGGAGAACUGUUAAAAUGGUUACUUCCGUUAGAUAACACACUUCCUCCUCCAGCUCGCCCCUUAUCUCCUCCCUUAGGUUCCACUUCUGGAUUUGGAAACACAUCGCAAAAGUCCAAUUUCACUUCCUCAUCCGGUUCUCAGCUUUUCUCUUUUGGCCAUUUUAGAAGCUACUCCAUGUCAUCACUUCCCCAAAACAAUACACCACCUCCUGCAUCUGUUAAAGCUAUCAGCUCUAAGCCGAGCUUUGAGCUUGAAGGUUGGGAUCAAUAUUCAUCUCAAAAGCUUUGGAAGAGUCAGAAAACUGGUUCUGAAGCGCUUUUGUCUUUCAGAGGCGUGUCAUUGGAGCGAGAAAGGUUUUCUGUUUGUUGCGGAUUAGAAGGCAUCUAUAUGCCAGGAAGAAGGUGGAGGAGAAAGCUGGAAAUUAUACAACCUGUAGAAAUUCAUUCUUUUGCUGCUGACUGCAAUACAGAUGACCUGCUCUGUGUCCAGAUAAAGAAUGUUUCUCCAGCACACACACCAGAUAUUGUGGUUUAUAUAGAUGCUAUAACAAUUGUUUUUGAGGAGGCUUCGAAAGGCGGACAACCUUUAUCACUUCCAAUUGCAUGUAUUGAAGCAGGAAUCGACCAUAGUUUGCCAAAUCUAGUCCUCAGGAGGGGUGAAGAGCAUUCUUUUAUUCUUAAACCAGCAACAUCUUUGUGGAAAAACGUGAAGGCUACUGGUGAAAAAAGUACUCGAUCACACUUACCCGCUGUAAAUGCUGCGUCAAGUUUACGUCUUCCCCCGACUGUUGAAGGAAAGAGUGUUUCCUCUGCUGGUCAAUAUUCUAUUAUGGUAUCAUGCCGGUGCAAUUAUACUGAAUCAAGAUUAUUUUUCAAGCAGCCAACAAGUUGGAGACCUCGUAUCUCAAGGGAUCUUAUGAUCUCUGUUGCAUCUGAAAUAUCUGGACAACAUGGGGCCAAUGGAGGUGUUUAUCAACUUCCUGUUCAGGUGUUAACACUUCAGGCUUCGAAUUUGACAUCCGAAGAUCUAACUUUGACGGUUCUUGCCCCAGCUUCUUUUACUUCACCUCCCUCUGUGGUCUCAUUAAAUUCUUCACCCACUUCACCUAUGAGUCCCUUCGUUGGUUUUGCCGAGUUCACAGGAAGCAUAAGCGGGGACAAGCGUUCCUCUGCAAUUCACAGGCUAAACUCGGCACCUGUUUCAUCUGGAAAUCAGAAACAGAAUGGUAACGGUGGAGCUCGAUCGGUUUCCUUUACCGAGCAGGGUUCUUCCAUAUCUGAUGUCAUUCCAAGUAGUGGUUUGGGUUGCACACACCUGUGGCUACAGAGUAGAGUUCCGUUGGGAUGCGUUCCCUCUCAUUCUGCGGCGACCAUCAAGCUUGAGCUACUUCCAUUGACAGAUGGCAUAAUCACACUGGACACUUUACAAAUUGAUGUCAAGGAAAAAGGUCUAACAUAUAUCCCUGAGCACUCACUAAAGAUAAAUGCAACUUCCAGCAUUUCCACGGCAAUUGUUUAAGACGGAUCAAUUCAAAACAUUUUUUAUUUUACCGCACUUGAACUAUGGAAGAAACUUCAAGUAUGAUUCAUUUUGUCGCCCAGGAUUUCGCUCUUGGCAACACGCACCAAAGUAUUAUUUCCUUCGUAUCAAGCAGAAUUUGAAAUUGACAUUAAGAUAUUAUUAGCCUCAGAUUUUGUAUUGUAAGUGUUGUGUUUGUUCCCCUUUAGUGGGGAAGAACUUGUAUUGUUUGUAGAUGAAUCCCCGUGUGUGAAUAUAGUCAUUUAAUUUAAUACUCAAAAGAAGAGAAAAAUACUGUCUUUCUUAUGAUUUGUACGGAGUUGAUUCAACCUCUUUUUUUUCAACA